AUGACGGACCGCAGCCGCCCACCCCCUCGUCCAAGGCAAGCAACACCGCCUCGCCCACCGCGCAACCCGGAGCGCACCCCCGAGAAGACGGUCACCCCAGCGCAGAAGGCAUACAUCGUGACGCGCACCGCCUGGGCCUGGCGCGACGUCCUUGUCGCCGGACCGCCUUACAAGGCUUUCGGCCGGCGGUAUCCGCCCGAGGUCGACGUCGCGACCUUUGCCGAGCUCCUGAUCCAGGAGCUGCUCGAGGCUCUUGGGGAGCCCGACGUGCCCUACGAUGCGGGGGUGGAUGAGAACCUGGAUGCGCUGCGGGACGCGAUCAUCGAGCACCGGUACGAGGAUAUCGCCGAGCUCGCGUUCGAGCUGGGGCUGCCUAAUCCCAGUGGGCUGGGCUGGGCGCGGUCAGUCAGUGGGGCGGCGAGUGCGAGUGCGAGCACGCCGGCUUAG